AUCUUGUUUGUUUGUGUUAAUAUAAAUAGAGGCAGUAUGACUAGAGUUGGACCCCACUCUGAAAUGAGCUGCAACGGUUGCCGGGUGCUCCGCAAGGGAUGCAGCGACAUGUGCCCCCUGAGGACAUGCCUUCACUGGAUUCCAUCCCCUCAGGCACAAGCUCACGCCACUCUCUUCCUCGCUAAGUUCUUUGGCCGCUCCGAUCUCUUCUCCUUCAUUUCCUCUGUCCCACACAACAACAGGCCCGAGCUGUUUCAGUCUCUGCUUUAUGAAGCUUGCGGACGAACCAUCAAUCCCGUCAAUGGCGCUGUGGGCCUGCUCUCCACUGGUAACUGGCACCUCUGCGAGGCCGCCCUCCGCACUGUCCUUGCCGGCGGCGUCCUCACCGCGUUGCCGGAGGAGGUCAUCAUGCCAGUCUUAGACGACUCUUCCGCUUCUCAUGCUGCUCUUCAUUUCAACAACACAAGCUUAUCAGAGGCGUCCAAGAGGCGCAGCGUUAGCGGUGUUUCAACGCCACCCGCUGUGUCAGUUGUUUCGGGAGAACCAUCGGAGAUGACCUUGAUGAGCUUUGAUGAUGGCAUUUGCAGUCACAACCAGAGAAAACUCUUGAAUCUUUUCGUGUAAGAGUUACGUACUAGCUAAACUCUAAUAAUAAUAAUAAUAAUAAUGCAAUUGCAUAGAAGAGAUGAUAGAGAGACGCAAAUAGACUCCAUUCCUUUGUGCGGAAAUUUUGACACAGCUUUUAAUUUUACUGUUAUUGUUCUUAAUUACUAUAACAAAGGUAUGGUAUCGCGGAAGCCA